AUGGACGAUAAGCCCAUCGUACCAGUGCCCGCGCCCUGGAGGCUGAAGGGCACCGUAUACAUGGUGUCCUUCUGGUGCAAAGCCGGCAACCUACCAAAGCAAACCUACUCGCCGCUAGAGCGGGACUCACCCUUCGCCGCCCCCGAGUCGUCGGGCAGGCACAUCGGCGGGCUGGGCCAGAUCCAGAUCAUCCGCUACACCGAGAGCCCCAUCGGGCCCUACGACGAGCUCAUCGUCUGUCCGGGCGCCUUCGCGUACGAAAAGGGGGAUGAAAAGGUCAGGCGGACGACGAAGAAGAACGCGCGAAUCACGCGGAUUUACGUAUCGCAGAAGUAUACGUGCUGGAAUGGGAGGACGAAUUGGAACAUCCCAAAGCACCUCGCGAAGUUCGAAUGGGGCGAGCUCACCGAUGGCUCAACCAGCGUCAAGGUCUACCCGCACGACACCUCGGGCGACGUAUCAGAGGCGCAAGCGAGCGACAGGCCGCUCUUCCAGGCGACAUUCCAGCCCAUCCGCUGGGCGCCCAGAUUCCCAUUCUCGCUAUCGUGGCUGAAGUACAUCGGCUUCGACGCCUCCCUUGUGCAGCCGCCGUUGCCGGCAGGCGACGGCGCCCAGGGCGAGCUGCCAGGCACCGACCGCUGGGCCAGGAUCAUGCCCGCGCAGUCGACGCGACGUGCCAUGGUGGGCUGGGUCGACAUGUCGCAGAGGGACGACCUGGGAAGCAUGGCCAGCACCGUGGAGCACGAGAACUUCUGGCCGGGCCUGGGACGGUGGCAGGUCGGCGUCAAGCUGGAGAACGCGGAUGUCGACUUCGGGUUGGGCGAAUACUGGGACCCGCCCCGAACCAAGCUCUGA